GUCGGUAAUUAUGGUAUUACUGUUAAUGCCUAUGCUCCAGGUUUGUCUAUAAUAUUUCAUGUAUUGAAUUGCUUUGAUCCUAAUGUGUGGUUAGUCCAAUGACAGCAAUAUUCACUAUAUCCAUGUCGAACCCUUCUUUCAGAAAGGGUAGAAUGAAUUCGGAAGCAGACGGUGCAAAGAACACGAUCUACCAUGGCCCCGUCGGUCUCUCCUUCAAACGUUGAGAGAAUGUCGAGCUGAUAGCCUUCCCGACGACAUAGAACAGUCAUUCGUUCUUGGGUGCAUCGUUCGCCUUGUGUCAGGCCUCGCAUGAGCGUGCGCUGAUCAUGACAACUCCAUCGAAAUCGCCCUGUGCCGUUACAGAUGCGAGUUCAUUGAUAUUCAUGAGCACGGUCUCGAGCACUGGAAUCGAGAAAGGGGUGUUGUUUGCUGCAGUAAAGAUGGCUCCAUUCCGGUCCUGGCCACUAUCGGAGGACGGUGUAGGUUCGCGAAGGAGGAGAACGUUGGCCCUAGGACAUCGCCCACUUUCUGCCCCAAUACCAAGCACGAUUCCGAUACUAGAGAUAAGGACUGCCUUCUACUGGCUGGCUAUGCUGGUAUCCACAGUGGAAAGAGUCUGCUCACGAUGCGGCCGUAGCCUAAUUCCUCAGACGAAGAACGCGAUGCUAAACAUCAGCGGAUCAGCUCUCCAACGUCUACAUUCGCUGAGGACGACUAUACAGCCGCAUACAUCGAAGAUUGCCAGCUGCUUCUAUCUGAGGUUUCAAUUUUUGCGGAGGAUAAUUCAAGAUAUGGUGAGGUUGUCGUGUAUGCCCACUAUGCUUCACACUUACUGCAUGCCAUAGUGAAGUUCCAUUCUUCAGUAAUAAUA